ACAAGGCUUCAGUGCGGAAACAACUUUCGACAUGAGCAGUUGUCGAUUCGGAGUUUGGCUGUUGGCCAACUUGCUCUUGGCCACAUUAAUUGCCAAUUGUGCGAGCCUCGAUUAUCGACUGAAUCCGAAUGUGCUGCCAUCGUAUUAUAAUCUAACCAUCGGCAUACAGGGUGAGGCCGAUAAUCCCGGCACAACAUUCGAUGGCGAAGUCAACAUCACACUACUCACAACACAAUCGAAUGUGAACAGCAUUCGACUGCACAAGGACUCCAUUGAGAUUGAGAGCUGUGUGCUCUACAAUGCUGCCGGCAACGUAGUGGAGCAAAUUGCCAAUACUCAACUCACAUUUGAGCAGGAGACUCAACAGCUGACAGUGCCGCUGAGUCAGUCGUUGACCGUCAAUCAGAACUACACACUGUACUUCAAGUACACGGGUACAGUGAGAGCAGAUACCACAGUGGGUCUGUUCUCCGUCAGCUAUGCGGAGGAGCAGACGGGGAUCACAAAGUGGGUGCUGCUAACCGAGAUGCAGGCCAUAAACGCACGUCUUGUGUUUCCCUGCUUCGAUGAACCCGCCCUCAAGGCCAAGUUUGAGCUGCACAUUCGACGGCCCAGCGUAUUCAACUCGAUUAGCAACACACAAUUGAUCAGUACUACAAACGAAGCCAAUAAUCGCUAUGUGGAUCACUUUGAUGUGACGCCCAUUAUGUCCACUUAUCUCUUGGCUUUUGUUAUCUCCGAAUAUCGUGCACGCGGUGAUCCCAACGAGUUGGCCAUCUAUACUCGGCCAGAGUUCUACAACUACACCGAGUUCAGUUACAAUGUGACGCAGCGUGUGCUGCCAUUCUACUCUCUGGUUUUCGAGCAAUCCUAUGAGGAGUUGGGCAAUAAGCUGUUCCAAUAUGCAACGACGCCGCAAUUUCCACACAACAGCAUGGAGAAUUGGGGUCUAGUUAUAUUCAAGGACAAAGUAGUCUUGGAGGAAGAAGGUUAUACAGAUGGCUGGAAUCAAAAAGAGUUUACCAUUCGCAAUAUCAUCCAUGAAAAUGCGCACAUGUGGUUCGGAAAUAGUGUGACAUUGAAAUGGUGGAGUUAUGUCUGGAUGCAGGAAGGAUUCGCUCGCUUCUAUGAGUUCUUCCUAGGCAACGAGCUGUACCCAGAGUAUCAAUUGGAUCAACAGUUUGUUGUUCAGAAGCUGCAACACGUCAUGUCCACUGACGCCUUAAAUCUUACCAUGCCCAUGACCAGCCCAGAGGAUUCGAUUCAAACUCUCGCAGACAUUAAUUACAUGUUUGGCAGAAUCUCCUUUGCCAAGGCAGCCAGCAUUAUUCGCAUGUGGCGCAAUUGCAUGGGCGAGGACAACUUCAACAAGGCUAUGAUAAGCUAUCUCAGAGCAAAUCAUUUGGGCAACACAGAGCCAAGUGAUUUGUUCGAUCAUCUCACGCAAUAUUGGUCACCUGUAUACACCAAUCUGAAAACGUUCUUCACCGACUUUACCGAACAAGUUGGCUACCCAACGAUCAUGGUGAACAUUAGCAUGGAAAAUCGCGUGGUGCGGUUGCAGCAGAGUCGCUUUUUAUCCAAUCCUGGAGAUGGUAGCGAUGCGACUUUGCGCUACACUGUCCCCAUCACAUAUACGACGAAUCUGGAAGCGAACUUUCAAAAUUUAACACCAAGCAUGUACUUUGAUAAAAUUCUCGACAUUGCGCAGUUCAAUUUCAACGAUCCCAUCGACUGGAUUAUCUUGAACAUAAAGCAAUCCAACUACUAUCGAGUGCUCUACGAUACGCCAAUUCUCAAUCAAAUUCAACUUGCUCUCACCGAGGAUAAACACAGUGGAAUCGCUGUUGAGAAUCGUGCAGCUCUCAUUGAUGAUCUCUUCAACUUUGCCUACGCCGGCAUGAUCGAUUACGAGCAGGUCUUCGAGUUCAUUGAGUACUUGAGCACAGAAAUCGAAUAUAUACCGUGGUUUGCAGCCUACGAUGGUCUGCAGGAUGUGACAAAGCGAUUGACGCCACAGCAACUGAUCAAUUUCGAGAAAUAUCUGAGUGAUAUUACGUUGGCAGUCUACGCUCAGCUGGGCGUCAAUUGGAAGUGGCAAGAUACAGUGCUGGAAGUGUACAAUCGCAACAUGCAAGUGUCCUGGCUGUGCAAGUAUCAAAAUGCAGCUUGUAACGAAGAUGUGCAGCGUAGCUUUGAUGAGAACCUCGAGAAGCCAUCGCCCGACUAUCGUGAAACAUUCUAUUGUGCCGCUGCUCGCACCUCGGGCUACAAUCGCGUACUUGCCUUGUACAAGAAUGAGACCAACUCCAAUGAUCGUCAGUUGCUUUGGCGAGCUGCCAGCUGCACAAGGAACUCGGCACGCUCGCACUACGAGAUCGAGAUCUUGGGCAACUCGACGAGCGUUGCUCUCAAGACUACGGGCAUCGCGCAGUUGUAUCAGCAGAAUCCCGAUUUGAUAAACAAUGUCUACUCUAUGAUCACCGAAGACAUUGAGAGCUUGGCCAACGCUUUGGGCAGCUGGUCGCGAACAGCAGAUGUGCUAAGUGAGAUGGCCGAUUACUUUACCACACGGGAACAGCAGCAACAAUUCUCUGACUUUAUAGAGAAGAACUCUGCAUCGUUUGGUGAUUCAGUGACAACACUCAAGACAGCUCUGACCACUGUGGAGACGAACGUGCAAUGGGCCGAGCGUCGUUUGGGCCGAUUGGUCAACUUUUUUUGGCCAAAAGAAAUGGCGCUGCUGCCGUUGGAUUGACGCUAGCAACAAUGCUGCUGAUGAUGAUGUCGACGCUGCUCAACUUAUUGUGAUUUGUGUGUGUACAAAGAGAGUAUAUGUGUGAGAGAGAGAGAGAGAGAGAGAGGAAAUAAAA